UCGGAAAGUGAGGUUAUGUGAAGUAUUUGUUUUGUCUGUGAAUUUGUUUUGAAUUUCCAGAUUAAUAAACAAUUCAUUCAAUUGCUUUGUAAAAAUAAACAUCCCUUAAUGUGUUUCAAGUGUUUCUCAUAUUUCAGUACUCAAAAGUGAGCGGAUUUUUAGAUUUAAAAUAUUUCUAAACAUGGAUCUUCCAAUUUUCCAUGCUUGAUCUUGAUAGGUAGUAGGUAUGUCUGUGAAUAUCACGGGUUGUACACCCCCAUUUACUCCCCCACAGUCACAAAAUGAAGAAGAUUUUCCGUUUGACAGUUUUGAUUUCAACGAAGCAAUUAUUAAUGCAGAAGCUAAGAUAAUAAUUGAGGAUAAGAUACGUAAAUAUUGCAGUUUUCGUUGGUUUAACUGCUUGGGUGAUACCAGACUAGAUGCUUCAUCGAACGAAGAUAGUUUUUUAUCUAAAGGAGAAGAAGAUUUUCUCGAAGAUGAAUUUUCUGAAAUUGCAACAAGCUUUGAAGAUCAUGAAAUGGAAAAAAUUGAACUCUUUGGUCUCACUCUGGAUAAAGGGGCUUCGCUCUUGUUAGACAAGGAUGUACUGUAUAAAAAGUCUUUGUGUAAUCUGAUGGCUGUUCUAUAUGAACUUUCCACCUCAACUCCACAUCCCCAACCUCUAGACGCAUGCGAGACCAGGAAACAACUCAUCCAUUUCUUCCUCCAUAUUCGAUCCUACAUCCUGCAUUUGGUUUCAUCUCAAACCGACGAAACCGAUCUAAUUCUGAAAAACAUUACUCGCAAACUGAGUCAAAUACUUCAACGAAUUCAACGUGUUUUACGGAAAUUUGUCGAUGUACAAAAAUUUACAAUUUUCCAAACUUCGCAUCACUGGUUUCAUUGCAAUUGGGAACUAAGGUGGCUGCACGUGACCACACUGUUUGUUUUGUAUAAAUCGAAUGAAAUUGUGAAAAAGAGAGGGGGAAAUACUGCCGAUCCCCUUCAAUACCAAGGGGAAAUAGGUGAUAUAAACAUUACUACGAUACUAAACUCUAUGGAGUUAUUAGUUUCAGAUCUUGUACAAUUAUCAGUGAUGAGAUUUGAAAAACUUGGAGCCAAAAGCGUGAGUAAAUACUCGGCGUUUCAGUGUAGUUGCAUUGAAGAACUAUGGAUUUCAGUGAAAACUCUGCUAAGUAGCUUGGAAAAAUUAAGCUGUGAUAUUAGUGACGAUAACAAUGAAUCUCAAUACUCGUUUUGGAGAAUUGUUAGUAGUGCUUUAGCUAGAAUCUGUGAUAAGACAAAUCCGUCUGCGAAUGUGAUAAAAACGGUUUCAGUUUUUGAAACUGAUUUGGCAGACAUUUUUUACGAUUGCAGCUCGCCGAAUUUGUUCAAACUAUGGUUCGUGAAAAGUGUUGCAACGGGGUUCAGUGAUAGAAAUCGAGAAUUGUCGGGCAAUUAUGUGAUUUUGGAAAAGAUUUUGAAAGAUGAGUUGAAAGAUGAAUGUUGUGAGACGAAUUUGAGACUGUUAGUAAGUUUAUUACAUGUUUUGGUUGUUGAAGUGUGGCAACCUCGCAAUGACGCGAUUCUUGUUUUAUGGGAAUAUUUUCAGAAAAGAUUGAGUAGAUCCUUCUAUGUGACGGGGGAAACUCUGGGAAACAUGAGUGUCAUUCCGAAAACAUCCGACAAAUUUCUAGCACAAAUCAGUGGGAGAUUAGAUGAUCGAGAUGAAAAAUUUAACAGUUUUCAUUUGUUUUUACGACUUCUAGGUCAUCAUUUGAGAAGAACUUGUGGAGAGAAAAGGUUUUGGAACCAACUCAAGGGCAGAAUUUAUUCGAAAUUUCCUGCCUCAAAAAUGAUCGCACUCACAGAGCUGGGUGUCUACAAUUUUGUCUCACUAUUCCUCACAAUUGCUGUAGUAAAAUUGGAUGAAGUCGGGGAAAUUUGUAAAAAUCUUCAAGAUUUUCUUGAUCUCACCAAUAAAAAAGACUCAUCUAUUCGUAGUCUAGUGUUUUUGACACAUGUUACAAUACUGGAUAUGUUAGCUAGAAACGGGAUUGAAUUCUCAAUGUGUGCAGCAAAUUUUGUUAAGUUCUUGAAGAGUUUGGAUCUACGUUCUCCCGAAAAUAUUCGUCUAACUAGUUGUGGGAUAGACAGUUUACGAACGGUAUUUGUGUCUGACAAAAUUGACCUAGGUCUCCCAAAAAUUGUAGAUGAUUGGGUGUGCGACUACCUGCUCUUCACCUCAAAUUCAACCGAUACCGCAAAAUUGACACUCUACAUCGAUAGUUUAUUGGUUGAAAUGAAAUCCAUACGCAUCUACAGUCCCCAACAUGUUGAAACGUUUGAAGUGUUGUGGACACAAAUCAAAAAACUCAUCACAAACCCCAAAUUUAAUCCGAAAAACUCAGAGUUUCUUGGUAGUUUGUGCGCGAACUUGGCGAUUGUUUCGACAAAAAUCUACAGAUCGGCAACAAUGUUGCGAGAGGUCUCCAACCUUGUCGCCAACAGUAAAACGUUGCCUGUUGGAACAUUGAGCGAGUUUUUGAACACACUAAUUGGGUACAAACCGCUACCUAUGGCGCUCAGGGACCACGAUGUUUUCAUUUUGAAACUUUGGAUACGGUAUGAGGUUUUAAGUGGAUCGUCGUCGACAAGUAACAAAAUUCUAAACUAUGUAACCUCUCUUUCGGAGUGUCAAAAUCUGAACCUGAACCUAGACCCCCAGGAACCUCUAAUAUCCUUCUGUAAAUCCUUACAUCAACGAUACUUAUCAAUUAUCGAUACAGACGAGAAGAAAAGUAUGUUUGAAAAAACAACGAGAUAUUUUGGAAAUUUGAAAGAAUGGAUAGACCCUGUUGUAAAAACAGCAGAUGAUGUGAGUUUAUUGAAAAGAGUGUACUUCACAGUGGGGAGCAUUGUGGAUACGGCAGGAGUUUUCUUGUACGACAAAGGAGCUCAGUUCGGGAGUAUACUCCAAGGAGUUAUGGAUCUGCUUUUAUUGACUCCGCCCUCACGGAGACCUGGAUUUAAGUUACAAACUAACUUACAGUCAGCUGUUAGUGAAUCGUUCUACUUGUUUGUGGAAGGAUUGGUGAAAAUACGAAAAGAUGGUGACCAAAUAUUCUCGAAAAUGAUCCAGGAUUUGAUAAUUAUCUACCUGCCACAAUGUGUUCAUCUCAACGAUUCCAGAAAAUUUUCAUUGGUCAAAAGUUUUCGGCCGUCUCUGGGAGACAAGAGAGAAAUUGUGAUGAAAACUAUUCUGGAAACCAUAAGGAUCCAUUUUAUAAAACCGAGAGCUAGAGUACCGUCGCAGGAGUGCCGUCAGAUGAUCAAACGUCCAUGUCUACCGGCGGGAUUCGAAUCCACGACCAGUGAGGAGGUGAUGCAGAUGCUAAGUGAGUUAUGCCGAGUCCACCUGGCUUUCUCGGCCCGCCAGGUGUUUGGACUGUUCCAGGUUCUAGCUGCCUCGUCAGCUGCAGACCUUGUCUACAGGUUUAUGCCCAACCUCACGAAGGCCAUCUCCCAAGUGGAAGCCCAGCGGGGCUCAGGGUAUGACAGGGCCCUUAGAGGCGAGUUGGCCAAUCUAGCAAAAGCUAUCAACUACAAGUACUAGGUUGCUUAUGCUAAAUACUUUCAUAGUAGGUAUUUUUCGAAACAGAGCACAAUAUAAAAAUACAUUUAUUUAUUAUUGACAUUACUAGUACUCUUUCCAUACUUUUCUACAUAAACUCGACUAGUUUCGAGCACUCAGUGCCGGUUGCACAAAAGCCGCUUAAAUUUUAACCGUGUUUAAUUUCGCGAGAACCAAUCAGAGAAGCCUCCUUAUCAGAAAGGCCUUCUCUGAUUGGUUCUUGUAAAAUUAAUCACGGUUAAAAUUUAACCGGCUUUUGUGCAACCCGGCCUAAGAGUCAAAAUGACAUUGAAGUGUCAAGUUCAUGUGUCAAAUUUCAAGUGUAAAAUAAAUUCAAAAUGGCAUCAGUGCUCGGAACAAGUCGUUUUUAUGUAAAAAAAGGUACUACUAAUUUCUAUAAUAAUUGAACAAUUCAAAUAGCCCUAUCAAAAUACUUUAUUUUUAAAAUACCUAAUUGUAAAUAUUCAAUUUUCUCCAAAGGACUACUAAAAUACGAGGAAACACAAUAAAAAUUAUGAAGUAUCUUUUUUUUUAAACCAAAUCACGACUGAUAAAUAAUUGUUUAUGAUUUGAUAGAAUAAAAAAUGGUAAUUGAUAACUUUUAUUGGCCCUUAUUCGACUAAAAUCUCAUACCAAUUACUAAAAAGCACAUUGUAAAUUCAUCAGUAAUAUAUCUAUGUUUAUGAUAACCUAUUAAAAAUGAACGUUUAUGUUUUUUUAAAUAAUUAACCUGUUAAAAAUAAACGUUUUAAUAUUUUUGAAUAAUUGUAGAUUAAUGAUAGGAUAUAAUAACGUGUUAGUAAAUAGGAUGCCAAGCCCAUUACUGUAUUUUAAUUAGCAGACUGUAGACUGUGAUUCCGUCAAAGUGGAUUUUGAGGAGGUGAAUUUUUGAAUCUUCAUAAGAAGUGAUCCAACCUUUGAAGGAUCAAAAUCGCCUAAUGAAUAGAGAAUUUCAAAUUACUGAAAUUAGCUUUCAAAUCGGUGUACAUAAAUAUUCCACACUAGAUAUCAUAAAUGUAUUAUUCUAUCUUUAUUAUUGAUGGACCAAAAUGUUUAUGUACUAAGUAGCCUAUGCUUAUCAAACAUCACAACAUGUGUUCAUGGCCAAUGCCUUCAAGAAAUGGACUUUGAGAUAAUUAAAAAUUUUAACUGAAAUAAUUUAACAAAUUAUGAACGCUUGAUGAAGUUUGUUUGAAUUGUAUUUAAAAUUAUUGAAUAUGUAAGAUUUAAUUGUUAACCUUAUGAAUUUAUUGUUGAAUGGAUAACUCUUUGUAAAUGAAACUAAAUGUGCUCAAUCAAGUUCUUUAAAAAACAAUUAUGUGAUUGAGAAGUUUUCUGUUUGAAUAUGAAAGUAUGUGUUAAUAAAUUAGUAAGAAAUAAGAACUUACAUGGUAAAUCAAAACAACGAGAUUCUAGUUUUAAUUGCUAUUGAUUGAUUUUCAACUAUAUAAUUAGUUGAAAACUAUCAACAUAUAACUAACUAGUUUUGAUAAUAAAAACAGAUUGAUUAUAAUUCACUG